AUGACAACUAAAAAUAUAAGUCAUUUCUCAAUUAAGAAAUGCGUAACAUUCAAUACAAUCGAUAUUAACAAAUCAAACACUAACCAAUUUAGAUAUAAAAUGAAUAGUAGUAAUAAUAUUUGUGUAACACAUAAAAAAAGUCUCAAGUUCAUAUGUUAUGAUUGUAAUGUUUUGACAUGUUCUAUCUGUAUACUAAAUCACUCUGGUCAUUCAUGUGAUCAUAUUUUCAAUAUUAAAUCAUCAAUUAGCAAUAAUAAUAAUGAUGAUAAAACCACUUCCACAGAUGACAGUCAAUCAAAUAAUAAUAAUAAUAAUAGAAUUAAAGAUUUUCAAACAAGUAUUCAAACAACAUUCGAUUCUUUGAAAUCGAAAGUUAAAGAAUACGAACAAUUACAACAAACAGAACAAGAGAUUGAAAGUAAAUUCAAAGAGUUACAUGAAUUCCUUGUUAUUGAAGAACAUAGAUUAAAGAAACCAAUCAUCGAUAAUAAACAACAAUUAGAACAACAAAUCGAUAAACAAAUCAAAAUCAUGAAAUCAUUGAGUACUGUCAAUAAUCAAAUCACCAGAUUUAAAUCUAAUAAUAAUGAUGAUCGAUCAGAUUCACAAUCAAAAACGAUAACGACAGCAGAUACAACAGAUAACUACCAAAUAACAACAAUAAUUCAAUCGAUUUCACAAUGUUCGGAUCACAAUGAAUUCAUUUCAUCGAACAACAAUACACUGUUCUAUUUCGAUUAUGAUCAACUUGACAACAAAGUAAACAACAAUGAUGAUCAUUCACUUUUAAAUUUAUUACUUGAACACAACAAAUCAAAUUAA